ACCAUCGUAGUACAACACCAUGUCUCCAGUGCUGAUAUUGCUCUUUCUCCUCUCGGCGGACGCCAGCGCGAGGAUGGAUGUGCCCACUAAUGCUGCCCUGUACUGGGAGAAAAAUCUCCCCAAUACCAAGAUGCCAGAAGCGAUCCUUGACAUGUUGGUGAACGAAGGGACCGGGCCACGCGCACUCCAUAAAUCACAACCCUCCGUCAACUGCCUAUUCUUUUAUCGAUCAAAUUGCAAAGGUUCGCCACCAAGCGCGCCAGCUGCUGUGGCCGGUGUAUUCUUCCGGGAAGAAGACAUAACCAUUGGCAAAGUGAUGACUGUUGCAAUGCCGUCGUCACUGCCGACACCAUUCCUUCCCUCAACUGUCGAAGAGAAAAUAUCUUUUGGAGAUCUCAACAGCAUGCUAGAUAAAUUUAACAUCUCAAAGACCUCACAUGAGGCUGCCGAGAUGAAUAACACAAUUCUGAAUUGCGCUGACCCGCCAAUUCAUGGCGAGGAAAAAUAUUGCGCAGCCUCCCUAGAAGCUGUUGUAGAGACCGCUAUGAAGAUGCUGCAAACUCGGCACCUAUCGGUGGUGGCUUCGGCCCUCCCAAGUGCCGGGCUUUUGCGUCAGGAUUACAUGGUGCGGUACGCGCGCCAAGUUGGUAGCUCCCGCUUUGUUGCUUGCCACAUAAAACCUUUCCCGUUUGCACUCUACAUGUGUCAUAGCACAAGUCACUCGCAGGCAUACGUGGUCCAGCUCCAGGGCAGCUCCCGUGACGACACCAAAAUUGCCAUGGUGGCAAUAUGCCACCGUGAUACUAGCAACUGGAGCCCAUCACACCCAGCGUUCAAGGCUCUCGGUGAACACCCCGGAGGGUCUACUAUCUGUCAUUUUCAGCCGUAUGCUGAUCUGUUGUUCAUCGAGAAGAUGAUGGGCUAGAGCCUUAUACGUAUAUGGCUAUAUACAUAAAUAAGAAAAUCUGCAGUCAUGAGGACAAGAUCGAUCAGGCAUGGAGCUCGGCCACAUCUUCGUUUCUCAGUAUCAUGAGAAGAAGAUGGAUCUUUCCCUGCCACCUGCAACAUGAGGUCACCGUGUCACAUCCUAUCUUCGGUGAUUUGAAUCAAUUUGCUGUAUUUAUGUGACCAUACUAGGCUUGUAUUUAAUCCAGACAAAUGGCCGUUUCUGGAUAGGAAGUUAUGUUUAAUUGCCUAUGAUGGGCUUGUACUUAAUCCAGACUAGUGGUCUAUGCUGGAUCGAAAACUAUGUGUAAUUUUCUAUGUCGGGUUUGUACUUAAUCCAGACUAGUGGCCGCUGCUGGAUCGGCAAAUAUGAAAGUGUUUGUUAGAAUA